UGCUCUCGUGCCAAUCCCCCCCCGCCUCUCCACUGCGCCUUUGUCCGUGGCUGCCCUUUGUUCGUGAACACCAUCUUUACGCAAAGAGGGAGCUGUGGGUGGUGCUAGAGCUUUGUACUCUGCAUCUAUCAUAAUGGCUGGGCAGAGCGACAAAGAGAUUCUGAGCUUGGACGAUCUAGAGACUGCUCUCGCCUCUGACACCAAGAUCAAGCUCGCAGGCAUUGACAUAGAUGGAAUUCUUCGAGGUAAACUCGUCUCGAAGAAGAAAUUCCUUUCGGUUGCGAAAGAUGGCUUUGGCUUCUGCAGCGUCAUCUUCGGCUGGGAUAUGCACGAUCUGACCUACUUCCGAGAACUGAAGAUAAGCAAUAAAGAGAAUGGAUACAAAGAUCUGGUUGCAAAGAUAGACCUCAGCAGCUACCGGCGUAUCCCAUGGGAGGAUAAUGUGCCCUUCUUCCUGGUCAGCUUCUGCGACCCCGACACCGGCAAACCCAUCAGCGCUUGCCCCAGAAGUCUCUUGCGGACUGCGGUCCAAAAGCUGCACAAAGCUGGCUAUGGAGCCAUGGCUGGCGCAGAGUACGAGUUCUUCACGUUCAGAGCCCCCAGAGAUCCCUCUAUUCAAACCACUCAUCUUUCAUCUGCCACCACAGCUCCCUACCUUCAGACCAACCCCGUCGACUCUCUGCCCCAUCUCACCCAGGGCAUGUUUGGUUAUUCCCUGACCGAUCCGAUCCAUAAUCAAGACUGGUUCUACAGCAUCUUCGAUGCUUGUGAGAAGUUCAGAUGUAAUGUCGAAGGUUGGCAUACCGAGUCAGGGCCUGGAGUGUUCGAGGCUGCUCUUGAGUUUGGUGAAAUCACCGAGAUGGCGGAUAGAGCGAGUCUAUUCAAGUAUGUUGUCAAAGCGAUGGGUAGCAAGUAUGGUAUCACCCCGACGUUCAUGGCAAAACCCAAACAGGGCCUUCCGGGCAACAGUGGGCACGUACAUUGUUCCAUUGUCGACAAAAAAUCGGGGGAAAACUUGUUUUAUCGGGGCGAGAAAGAUCCAAAUCCACCGUAUCAAGACCUCGAAUACGUCUCAGACCUGGGCCGACAGUUCCUCGCUGGGAUUCUGGACGGUCUGGCCGAUGUAAUGCCAUUGAUUGCGCCUACAGUAAACUCAUACAAGCGGCUGGUUGAGAAUUUCUGGGCACCGGUCACUGUUUCCUGGGGUCUAGAGCAUCGAGCAGCAUCAAUCAGACUUAUUGCACCUCCCACGGCGUCAGCAAAGGCAACGAGAUUUGAAAUCAGAGUCUGUGGCGCUGAUUCAAACCCUUCAUUGGUGCUUGCUACAAUUGUUGCCUUGGGUUGGAGAGGUAUAGAGAAGAAAAUGGACAUCCCGGUUCCUCCUCUAAGCAGAGGAGAAGAUGUUGGAGGGAGCAGCGACCAAGGCGAGCGAUUGCCCAAAAACCUCAAAGACAGUACAGCAAGAUUUAUGGCCAAAGGCAGUGUGGCCCGAGAAGUCUUUGGAGACGAAUUUGUCGACCAUUAUGGAGGCACGAGAGAACACGAAUGCAGAUUAUGGGAUGAAGCCGUGACCGAUUGGGAGGUUAGGAGGUAUAUCGAGACUGUAUAAGAUACCCAUUUGGUAAUGAGAUUUUCCUACUCGAUUCAAAAGCACUGGCUCUGCCCAAUCUCUCGCGAUUGUUUGUCAGGAUUUUGGUAAUUGUCGGCGGCCGGCGCAUCAAUGAAC